AUGGAAAUUAGCACUAACUCCAGGGGGCGGUUCAUGGUAAGCGGCGGUGGAGGAAACGGGCGGACAUGGAAGAUAAUGUGGAGAAAGCUGAUGAGAGAGAAGAGAAGAAUGUUUGAUCAUCAUGGAUCGAGAAAGAGUAAUUGCAGACGGAAGUUUAAGGUGCCUUAUGAUGAAUUCACGUAUAAACAGAAUUUUGAUCAAGGGUUAGCCGGAUGUAUUUAUAAUAAUAUUGAUCAAGAUCAGGAUUUGGAGAGAGAUAUUAUGUCCAGAUCAUUCUCCAUUCGUUAUGCCGAUCCAUCUACGCCUGUUUCUGUGAUCCUCGUGAAACCAAGUCUUAUUGAUGAUCAAGAAUUAAUCAUCUUGAACAUGCAAUGCAACCUUGUUAAGGAUUAUCUGAAUCAUAAAUGUUCAUAUAAAUACAUAGAGAUGCCAUACAUUUCACAUAAUCUAAUUCUCCUUCUCUUCAUGGCAAUUAUCAUGAAGCAUUCACGAUCCAACAUGUUUGUUAUUGUUUUGCAAAUAGCAUUAAUCUUUAUCCUAAGCUUGGAACCUAUAGUUGCACAAGUAGGAGUUUCCUACGGAAUGAUGGGCGAUAAUUUACCCACAAAGCCUGAUGUUAUCGCCCUAUACAAACAAAAUGGUAUCCAGAGAUUGAGACUUUACGAUCCAAAUCCAGAAGCACUCCAAGCUCUCGGGGGAUCCGACAUUGAGGUUAGCGUUGGUGUACUCAACGCAGAUAUUGAAAAGCUAGCAUCAAGCCAGGACGAAGCCAACACUUGGGUCCAAAACAAUAUCAAAAACUACCCCAGUGUUAAAUUUAAGUAUAUCGUGGUUGGAAACGAAUUCCAGUUACAAUUUAUUCUAUCAGCCAUGCAAAACUUGCUAACCGCGGUUUCUGAUGCCGGUCUAAUAAACCAAAUUCGGGUAACCACAGCCGUCCACUGUGGUCUCCUAGGAGAGUCCUACCCACCAUCGAAAGGCGUGUUCAGUGCCGAUGCAAACGAGUUCAUUACCCCAAUAGCGAAAUUUCUCGCUUUAAACGGUUCUCCCCUGUUUCUCAAUGUUUACCCUUACUUCGCCUAUUCCGGGUCCAAUGGAAAUGUGGCGCUUGAUUAUGCGCUCUUCAAUUCACCAGGAAUUGUGGUAAAUGACAAUGCUUUAGGGUACCAGAACUUGUUAGAUGCUAUGAUCGACGCUUUUUAUUGGGCGUUGGAGAAGGCCGGGGCUGGGUCUGUGGAGAUCGUUGUGUCGGAGACAGGGUGGCCUACGAGCGGAGGGAAUGGAGCAAGCCUUGAGAAUCAAAAGAGUUAUAUUCUUAAACUUAUUGAUCAUGUCAAGAGUGGUCGUGGAACACCCAAGAAGCCUGGAAAGUUAAUAGAGACUUACAUCUUUGCCAUGUUUGAUGAGAAUCAGAAAACUCCCGAGUAUGAGAAGUUUUGGGGUUUGUUUACUCCAGACAAACAAAUCAAGUAUCCAAUUAAUUUUGCCUAA